GCAGGGCGUGGUGGGAAGCUCUGCUGUGGUCGCGGCUGGUGCUCCCAGGGCAGAAUUACUCCUGGUGUCCCUCAGCUAGUUCGCCAUGGCAGGCCCUGGCCCGGGCGCGGCGCUAGAGUCCCCAAGGCAGCUGCUGGGUCGCGUGCGCUUCUUGGCGGAGGCAGCACGGAGCCUCCGCGCCGGGCGACCGCUGCCGGCAGCGCUGGCUUUCGUGCCGCGAGAGGUGCUGUACAAGCUUUACAAGGACCCGGCAGGACCGUCGCGCGUGAUGCUGCCGGUGUGGGAGGCAGAGGGCCUAGGGCUGCGUGUGGGUGCCUCGGGCCCAGCCCCUGGAACCGCCUCUGGGCCCCUUCGUGCAGCCCGCGACAGCAUCGAACUUCGGCGCGGCGCCUGUGUGCGCACCACGGGCGAGGAGCUAUGCAACGGCCAUGGUCUCUGGGUAAAACUGACCAAGGAGCAGCUGGCGGAACACCUGGGUGACUGCGGACUGGACGAAGGCUGGCUGCUGGUAUGCCGCCCAGCGGAGGGCGGGGCCCGCCUUGUACCCAUCGACACUCCUGACCACCUCCAGCGGCAGCAGCAGCUCUUUGGCGUGGACUACCGACCAGUGCUCAGAUGGGAACAGGUGGUGGACCUGACAUACUCACAUCGCCUCGGAUCAAGGCCUCAACCAGCGGAGGCAUACACAGAAGCUGUACAAAGGCUACUCUAUGUGCCCCCAACAUGGACCUACGAGUGCGACGAGGACCUGAUCCACUUCUUGUAUGACCACCUGGGCAAGGAGGAUGAGAACCUGGGUAGCGUGAAGCAGUAUGUGGAGAGCAUAGACGUGUCCUCCUACACGGAGGAAUUCAAUGUGUCCUGCCUGACGGACAGCAAUGCGGAUACUUACUGGGAGAGUGAUGGGUCCCAGUGCCAGCACUGGGUACGGCUUACUAUGAAGAAGGGCACCAUUGUCAAGAAGCUGCUACUCACAGUGGAUACCACAGAUGACAAUUUUAUGCCUAAGCGAGUGGUAGUCUAUGGGGGCGAAGGGGACAACCUGAAGAAGUUGAGUGACGUGAGCAUUGACGAGACCCUGAUUGGGGAUGUCUGCGUCUUGGAGGACAUGACAGUCCACUUGCCAAUCAUCGAGAUCCGCAUUGUGGAGUGCCGAGAUGAUGGCAUCGAUGUUCGUCUUCGAGGGGUCAAGAUCAAGUCAUCAAGACAGCGGGAACUAGGGUUGAAUGCAGACCUCUUCCAGCCAGCCAGUCUGGUGCGAUAUCCACGCCUAGAAGGCACUGAUCCAGAAGUACUGUACCGUAGAGCUGUCCUCCUGCAGAGAUUCAUCAAGAUCCUAGACAGUGUCCUGCACCACCUGGUGCCUGCAUGGGACCACACACUGGGCACCUUCAGUGAGAUUAAGCAAGUGAAGCAGUUCCUACUGCUGUCACGCCAGCGACCCAGCCUGGUGGCCCAGUGCUUGCGUGACUCAGAGAGCAGCAAGCCCAGCUUCAUGCCACGCCUGUACAUUAACCGUCGCCUUGCCAUGGAACAUCGUGCCUGCCCCUCUCGGGACCCUGCCUGCAAGAAUGCAGUCUUUACCCAGGUUUAUGAAGGCCUCAAACCCUCUGACAAGUAUGAAAAGCCCCUGGACUACAGAUGGCCCAUGCGCUAUGACCAGUGGUGGGAGUGUAAAUUCAUUGCUGAAGGCAUCAUUGACCAAGGGGGUGGUUUCCGAGACAGCCUGGCAGAUAUGUCAGAAGAGCUGUGCCCUAGCUCUGCUGACACCCCUGUGCCUCUGCCCUUCUUUGUGCGCACAGCCAACCAGGGCAACGGCACUGGUGAGGCCCGGGACAUGUAUGUACCCAAUCCUUCCUGCCGAGAUUUUGCCAAGUAUGAGUGGAUCGGACAACUGAUGGGGGCUGCCCUUCGGGGUAAGGAGUUCCUGGUCCUGGCUCUGCCUGGUUUUGUGUGGAAGCAGCUCUCUGGUGAGGAGGUGAGCUGGAGCAAGGACUUCCCAGCUGUGGACUCAGUGCUGGUGAAGCUCCUGGAAGUGAUGGAGGGAAUGGACAAGGAGACAUUUGAGUUCAAGUUUGGGAAGGAGCUAACAUUUACCACCGUCUUGAGUGACCAACAGGUGGUAGAACUGAUCCCUGGGGGCACAGGCAUCAUAGUGGGAUACGAGGACCGUUGUCGUUUCAUCCAACUGGUGCAGAAGGCACGGCUAGAGGAGAGCAAGGAGCAGGUGGCGGCCAUGCAGGCAGGUCUGCUGAAGGUGGUGCCGCAGGCUGUAUUGGACUUGUUGACCUGGCAAGAGUUGGAGAAGAAGGUGUGUGGGGACCCAGAGGUCACUGUGGAUGCUCUACGCAAGCUCACUCGAUUUGAGGACUUCGAGCCAUCUGACACGCGGGUGCAGUAUUUUUGGGAGGCGCUGAACAAUUUCACCAAUGAGGACCGGAGCCGCUUCCUGCGUUUUGUGACAGGCCGCAGCCGCCUGCCAGCACGGAUCUACAUCUACCCAGACAAGCUGGGAUAUGAGACCACAGAUGCGCUGCCUGAGUCUUCCACCUGCUCUAGCACCCUCUUCCUACCACACUAUGUCAGCGCCAAAGUAUGCGAGGAGAAGCUCCGCUAUGCCGCCUACAACUGUGUGGCCAUCGACACUGACAUGAGCCCCUGGGAGGAGUGAGGCAUCCCUGCUCAGGCCCCAUUGCCCUCACCUAGGAGAGCACACCUUCCCUUUCCAGUCUGGGUCCAUGCUCCUGGUGAGAGCUGCCAUGUUCCGGAAAUCUUCAGUGAGCCCUGCUCAUGUGUGGGGUUGGAGCAGGGGCGGUGACUUGACACUGGUGGUCCACCCCCGCAGAAACACAAGCCCUACUGUGCUGGGGCUUGCUUCCUGAGGUACUUAGCCUCUGUGAGAGGGACUCUUCCACAAGCCCAGCACAAGCUGCCAGGCCUGAGCUACUUGAAGGGGGCCACCCAGCUCCCCACCCCAUGGAUUUUGCUUCCAUUUUCAAUUCCACCUAUUUUUUUUUUCCUUUUCUGGUUUCAGCCAUGGCUCAAUUUUUUAAAAACUUUAGAGGAUGGUGUAUGCCCCUCCCCAAGCAAAGAACCAAGGAUGUAUAGAAAAUAAUAGUCAUCCUCUUUGGUCACCUAUCCCAACAAUAAAGCCAGGCUGAUCAUCUUCUCCCUCACAUACUGGUCUUUUCCUCCUCACCCUCCAUACCAGAGGUGAGAUUUGUCCUUGCUCCAACCCAGUCUCAACUGACAAAAGUGCCACUGCCUUUCCUGGUUCAGAACCUACAUCCACUCAGCAGCAUUAAAUCUUGACCACCACCUCAUAUUCAUCACUUCUGUAUCACCUCCCGCCUGAGUCCCCAUCUGCUAUUUUAUCCCCAAGAUUUUGCACAGGUUAAAGACCAGUUAUGUCUUCUCUGAAAUUUCAAUAGUACCCCUUUACCCUACUCUAAAAUGAAGUCUAGACUUUAAACUUGCUCCUAGGGCUAUGCACGCCCCUGUCUAGCCCUCCCUCCCUUGAGGGCCUCCGUGAUACUCCUUCAAAAGAAGGGCUUGCACAUGGGAAAAUAGAAUAAACAGAUGAAUUCAUUUCUUCAAAUGUG